AUGGUCGCCGUCAAGACUGUCAAGCUCGGUGGUACCGCGUCCGACAUAACUGUCGGAAAAGUCGCUCAUGGCCUGAUGAUGAUGACAUGGAGGGACCCGAGCGUCCCCCUCCCUGACGAAGAGGCCUUCGAGGCCAUCAAGGCGGGCGUCGACAUUAUGCCGCCUGGCGUGAAGAUGUUCCUCAACAGCGGUGAAUUCUACGGGCCGAACUGCUCGACCGCCAACUUGGAGCUCCUCGCUCGCUUCUUCGACAAGUACCCCGAGUACGCGGAGCGCACCUUCCUCUCGGUGAAGGGCGGCUCAAAGGAAGGACAGCUGGUCCCCGACUCCUCCCCCGAGAACUUGAGGCGUAGUGUCGACAAGAUCAAUGAGGUCCUCCGUGGCACGAAGCGUCUCGAUCUGUUUGAGUCUGCGCGCGUUGCUGCCAACGUCCCUCUCGAGGACGCGAUCAAGACACUCGCCCAACUCAAGAGCGAGGGUAAGUUCGACCACAUUGGCAUGUCCGAGUGCAGUGCUGCUAGUCUUCGGAAGGCCAACGCAGUGCACCCGAUUGCCACGGUCGAAAUCGAAAUCAGUCUGUGGUCCUAUGAGGAGGAGACGAAGAAGGUAAUCGCGACGGCCCAAGAGCUUGGCAUUGCCGUAGUCGGCUACUCUCCUCUCGGCAGAGGGUUCCUCACCGGAACGAUUAAGAGCCCUAACGACCUCCCUGCGGCUGACAUGCGCCGCCACUUCUCUCGCUUCCAGGAGGAGAACUUCAAGCACAACAUGGCUAUCGUCGACGGCAUCAAGGCUAUCGCUGAGAAGAAGAACAUCACCCCGGCGCAGCUCAGCAUCGCCUGGGUUGCUGCUCUUGGACCGCACGUUAUUCCUUUGCCCGGCUCUUCAAACAAGAAGCGUAACUUGGAGAACCUCGCCGCCGGAGAUGUCGAAUUGACUCCGGCCGAGCUGGCUGAGAUUGACGAUAUCUUGGCGAAGCACACUGUUAAGGGCGGACGCUACAACGACGCCGUCGACCCCAAGAUGCUGCACUUGUGGGGGUAAGCAUUUCUGUGCGGAAAUUGUCAUCGGACAAAAUGUAGGUGUCGCUGUGUAUAAUCAACAUGUAUGAACUGUGGACA